AGAUUAUUCAGGUUUAAUCAAAGUGAAUUUAAGUUACAAUUUCAACAAGAAUGGAAGCACCUGCUGAAGCUGAGAUUGCUCGCGCCAAGCUCGGCUUAUCUCACUCAGUCAUCACAACUUUACUUGGAAACCGUCAUUCCUGCUCUUGGUGACGUCUAUUGUAUGGCACAGUCUUAUCGAGCUGAGCAAUCUCGUACACGUCGACAUCUUGCUGAAUACACACACAUUGAGGCUGAGAGGCCUUUCAUAACAUUUGAUGAACUAUUAGAUGAUUUAGAAGAUUUGAUAGUCGAUGUGGUGGAAAGAACUUUAGCUAACCCAGUUGCUGCUGAAAUUCUCAAAGAAUUGAAUCCAAACUUGAUAGUACCUAAGAAACCAUUUAAGCGAAUGAAUUAUGUUGACGCUAUUGAUUAUCUGAAAAAACAUAAUAUAACUAAAGAAGAUGGCUCAUUUUAUGAAGUUGGAGAAGAUAUACCAGAAUUACCUGAGCGAAAGAUGACUGACCAGAUAAAUGAGCCAAUCCUAUUAUGUCGCUUUCCUAAAGGAAUCAAAGCAUUUUAUAUGUCCAAGUGUCCAGAGGAUAGAAAUUUAACCGAAUCUGUUGAUGUGCUGAUUCCUGGAGUUGGUGAAAUUGUUGGAGGAUCAAUGAGGAUAUGGAAAGAAGAAGAGAUGAAUGAAGCUUUCAAAGAAGCAGGUAUUAACCCUGAAUCAUAUUAUUGGUAUGCAGACCAAAGAAAAUUUGGAUCGUGUCCACAUGGGGGUUAUGGACUCGGUCUCGAAAGAUUUGUUACUUGGAUUUGUAAUCGGGAUCAUAUUCGAGAUACAACACUCUAUCCUAGGUACAUUACUCGAUGUACUCCAUGAUUGGAAUAAUGUGAUUAGUCCAAUAUUUUGGUUGUCACAUGUUUCUCGGCUCGUAUCUAUAUUUAUACAUUGAUUCUGAUAACUUGAUUGUUGGAUAAUGAUUUCAACAUUUUGUUGAAAUAUCUAUCCAAGAUGGAUUUAAUUUAUAAAUUGGAAUCGUCCUAAAUCCUGGUGAAAUAAUAAACGAAUUUAAUUAUUCUUAAA